AAGUGGAAGCACGCGUUUAGUCAGUCGAAACAUGGCGUUGAGCGGCGAAGCCGUCACUUCUCUCCGCGGCCAAACGAACCCCAUCACGGCCGCGCAGCGCUGCUGAGAGGCGGCCACUCUCCUCUCCGUCCCUGCGGGCCUGCGGUUGCCAGGUUGCCCGGUUUCCCAGGUUUCCCAGGUUGCCAGGUUCCCAGGUUGCCAGGGCGACGCCGAAGAACCGCGGCUGCUGGCGCGGAGUUGACAGCUGCGCUCUGCCGCUCACCUGCAGCCUCUCCCGGUCAAAACACCCUCCGUCCGAGCGGGGGCUUGGGACUCCUUAUCGAUUUUCAAGGCUAUUUCGGCUAUUAACCAAUCGAUAAACAGCACAACAUGAUUCCGUGAACUGUUGCUGCUGUUUUCGUGCUGCUUCGACCAGGCUGCUCUGCUCAUUUCGGCACUUAUUUGCUCUUGAAUCGUUUUAACACCAUGUCAGACAACCAGAGUUGGAAUUCGUCCGGCUCCGAGGAGGAUUUGGAGCCCAGGGAGGAGUACGUGCAUCCAGCUGGGGUCGGCGAGUUCAGCGGGGUCCUCAGUAAGUGGACAAACUACAUCCAUGGCUGGCAGGAUCGUUGGGUCGUUCUGAAAAAUAACACACUGAGCUACUACAAGUGUCAGGAUGAGACCGAGUAUGGCUGCCGAGGCUCCCUCUGCCUCAGCAAGGCUGUCAUCACUCCUCACGAGUUUGACGAGUGCCGUUUGGACAUCAGCGUGAACGACAGUGUGUGGUACCUCCGAGCUCAGGACCCAGAGCACAGGAACCAGUGGAUCGACUCUAUCGAGCUGCACAGAAGUAUCAGAGAGGGGAGGAGAGAGAAGGGAGGAGUCCAGGGAACAGUAAUCAUCCCUCCACCACUGGCUGAUUCCGGAUACGGUUCAGAGUCCAGUCUGCGAAGACAUGGCUCCAUGCUUUCGCUCACAUCCGCCACCAGCAGCUACUCCGCAACCUCCACAUCGUCCUUCAAGAAGGGUUACAGCCUGAGAGAGAAGCUGGCUGAGACGGAGACAUUCAGAGAUAUCCUGUGCAGGCAGGUGGACACGCUUCAGAAGUACUUUGAUGGCUGUGCAGACGCCGUGUCCAAGGAUGAGCUGCAGAGAGACAAAAUCGUAGAGGACGAUGAAGAUGACUUUCCCAACACUCGCACCGAUGCAGACUUUCUGCACAACAACAACGGUAGCAGAGAAAAACUGUUCCAGUCCUUGAGUCUGAAGGGAAUUAACGGCAUUGACUUCAAGGGCGAGGCCAUAACAUUCAAGGCCACCACAGCAGGGAUCUUGGCCACUCUGUCCCACUGCAUUGACCUCAUGGUGAAGAGGGAGGACAGCUGGCAGAAGAGACUGGACAAGGAAAUGGAAAAAAGACGAAGAAUAGAGGAGGGCUAUAAAUCAGCUCUCAAUGAGCUAAAGAAGAAAUCUCACUUUGGAGGUCCAGAUUAUGAGGAAGGUCCAAACAGCCUCAUCAAUGAGGAUGAAUUCUUUGAUGCUGUGGAAGCGGCUCUUGACAGACAAGACAAAAUAGAAGAACAGUGUCAAACGGAGAAGACGAGGAUACAGCGAUCCAGCCCAGUUCCUCCUGGAGACAUCUACUCCACCAGUGGCACACACAGGUUCUCUGAUAAGCCUCGUAGCGUCAUAGUCAGGGCUGUUCCUCUGGAAGUCCACAGAUUCAGCUCAGAGGUGGAGGAGAUGGUGCAGAAUCACAUAACUUACUCCCUGCAGGAUGUCGGUGGAGAUGCCAACUGGCAGCUAGUUGUAGAAGAGGGGGAAAUGAAGGUGUACAGGAGAGAGGUGGAAGAAAACGGGAUCGUUUUGGACCCUUUGAAGGCCACUCAUUCAGUGAAGGGGGUGACGGGUCACGAGGUCUGCCACUACUUCUGGGACACUGCGUACCGCAACGACUGGGAAACUACGAUUGAAAACUUCAACGUCGUGGAAACGCUGUCAGACAACGCUGUGAUUGUGUAUCAGACACACAAGCGUGUGUGGCCUGCAUCUCAGAGGGACGUGCUGUACCUUUCUGCCAUGAGGAAGAUCGUGGCCAACAACGAAAACGACCCAGACACGUGGCUGGUCUGCAACUUCUCCGUGGAUCACGACGACGCGCAGCCAUCCAGCAGAUGUGUUCGUGCCAAAAUCAACAUCGGCAUGAUCUGUCAGACGCUGGUCAGUCCACCAGAGGGUGAUAAAGAGAUCAGCAGGGACAACAUCACCUGUAAAAUCACCUACGUGGCCAACGUGAAUCCAGGAGGCUGGGCUCCUGCCUCCGUCCUCAGGGCGGUUGCUAAGAGGGAGUACCCCAAAUUCCUGAAGCGCUUCACCUCCUACGUGCAGGAAAAAACUGCUGGCAAACCCAUCUUAUUCUGAGCCUGGCAGGAUGGAGACGCAAAAAUGCAGCUGAAGCUUCGAGGAGAAACGACCUCCAGAACAACCUGAUCCAAUCAUAAGUCUUUCUUCCCUCAAUUUUUAACUUGAAAUUAUGACGCGCAAAUAAAUAGUAACAGCUUCAGGUGUCACCGCUUUCAUGAGCAAGAAAGCCUUUUUGGACGGUGAAGUUUUCUGACUUCCUUCAUCAGUAUCAAACGUCUGAUUGAAAUUUCCCACAAUCCCACUUCAUGUGGCAACUGAAAUCCAGCGCCGGUGCCAGUAGGAGAAACACGAUUGUAGCUUUGACAACAAUCUCUGUAGCAAUAUACGUUCUGACCACACGGGGGCAGCAUUUCACAAGGUUCAGGCGUCGGCCUGCAGGCUGCAGGACCCUCAGGGAUGUCACCCAGACGGUUCUGAAGCCGGUUUAUGUUCCUGAUGAUGAUGGUGGGGGUCAAGGGUAUGUCAGCGUCACAGCACAUCUGUGCGCCCCCAUGUGGUCAGCAGUGGUAUUACUUUAGUGGCUUAAAUUCAUUCAAUACUGACAUUCGGUUUUUCACAUGUAGAUUAUUUGAAGCAUCCGGAUGUGGGUGGAUGUGUUUUUUCAUGCUGCAGUUUCUACCAACUUUCAUGUUCAAACAGGAGACUUUUCAGGUGGUCCCUCAUUUUGGACUCAUUUAAAUGUGUGUUCUGUAAGAAGUUUGUAAAAAAAAAACUAAAGAAAUCCUACUUUUAGAGUGAAAUACCUAUUUGUGUCCAGCUUCGCUGGAAGCUGCUGCUCGUAUUUCCAGUAAAAAAGGUUUGGGAUGAUUGUCAUCUCGAGUCUGGAGGGCUGUGGUUUCCCCGGUGAUGGCCCUCUCAUGAAACCACCUCCUGCAGGUGCUGACGGAGGGACGGACGGACACAAGCAAACACAUGUACAUCUUUUUCUCUGCUCCCUUUGUUAAUAGGCUGGAGUUUGAAUGCACAUAUUUUGAAUGUUUUAUUGUAAAUUUCAUGAACAUUUUGGCUGCAAGGUUUGCAAAGCUUUGUUACUUCGGUUGAGCCCAGAUGCCUUAGCGUGACAGGAAACUGUAGAUUCAGGUGGGAUUUAGGGAGUGAUGCCUGUGCACCUCUGAAAUCACAAGUCAAGUGCCUCAUGGCCGUGUUCCUUCUCCCAUCUUUUGUUGUUUUGGUGAAUGUUCAGAUUUGGUUUUUAACUGAACAAAUGACCCAGAUCACUAGUUACUAAUUUCCUUCGGGCUUUUUUCAAGUUAUAUUUAGAUAUUGAAUUCAUGUCAUUUUGAUUUCUGCACAGAAAUCACCAGCUUUCCUCUCGUCACCUGGAUUUUGUUGUCUGCCUCAUUUAUUCUAAAUUUAACAAGAUUUUAUUUUCUGGUACCAGUAUCUCAUGUUUAAGUUUAAUUGGAGUAAAUGUAAAACUGGAACCACAUUUUCAUUGUCAAACCUUUUCAACCGUCCCGUUUUCAGGGCCAUGCUUGACAUUUUCACCAUAGUCCAGUGUGUUUCAGACCCUUUUAGUUUUAUUUGUACUUGAUGACAGCAGAAAAUGUUCCUGCUGGUUCGACACUCGUGCUGAUAAGAUGCAUUAGCUGCUGCUGCUGUUCAGCCUUUGAUUUCAGAGCUUUUGCUGAAGAAAGCGGGUGAGAUACGCCGUGAAGCCUGAUGACGUUCCGCCUCACAGCUAGGUGGAAAAACAUCAGGCUGAAGCUCUUUCACCUAAAGCAACAUUUCUAAAAUAAGUUUGGUUUACCGGCAUGUUGUUAGAGCUGAAUGUGAUUAGAAACCUUUUUUUUUUUCCUUUUGUACAUUUGUUCAUACUAAUGCUGUGGGAUCAACUUAUAAAUGUACUGUGACAACGUGGCAUCUCUUUUGCCCUGUUUUGAAAGUGAAAUAAAUAAGUUUUCCCUCCAUUUUGCACGUUUGUCAUUUUCGAAGCAAAUUUAUUUAAACAUAUUUAUGACGGUGGUGUAUAACAAUGGACAUGUAAAGGGAGCAAACAA